AUCAAAUUUUGUAUUUCAGAGUAAAAGUAGCAAUGAUAGUAAUUUAUUUUUUAGAUGAUAGUAUUAAAUUCUUUGAGAGGAUAUUAUUUUUCGGCAAUCAAAAUCCACUCAUAAAUUGCUAUAAUAGGAGGAGGCACAGGAGGAUUAAAUGUGGCAGCUCAAUUAAUAGCUGAUGGACAUGCUAUUCCAUAAUAAAUUAGAAUUUUCGAACCCUAAAAAAUGCAUGCUUAUUAACCUGGAUGGACAAUGGUUGGUAUAUUUAAUUUAGUAAUUAAGGUGGUGGAUUAUGUAAUGUAAAAAAGACCCUAAAACCAAUCGAAAAAGUAUUACCCAAGAAUGUUUCAAUCUCAGAUAGUGCUAUAGCAAAAAUAAAUCCAAAAGAGAAUGAAAUUGUAACAUAAAAUGGAGAGAUUUAUACAUAUGAUCAAUUAGUAAUUGCUACAGGAAUAAAAACAGAAUUCGAUUAAAUCAAAGGUAUAAACAUAGUAUUCUAAUAUAAAAAGGGGCUAGAUAAUAUUUAGAUGAUCUAAAUUCUCCUGUUGCUUCAAUAUAUAAUUAUAAAUAUGCUGAAAAAAUGAAUAGACUUGUAGAAGAAUUUGAAGGAGGUAAUAUUGUAUAUACAGAACCUCCUUUACCUAUUAAAUGUGCAGGAGCUCCUUAAAAAAUAAUUUAUUUAUCUCAUGAUAGAUUAAAUAAAAGAGGAAUAAAAACUAAUCAUCAUUUUUAUAAGACAGCCGGAGUUAUUUUUGGAGUUCCAAAAUAUGCUGAAAUUCUUACAGAAUUAUGUAAAAAGAAAGAAAUUAAUUGUCAUUUUAAAUAGAAAUUAAUUGAAGUUUAAGAUCAUAAAGCUAUAUUUGAAAAUUAAGAUACAAAAGAACUUAAGAGUGUCACAUUUGAUUUAUUACAUUNUAUUAUAAUUGAAGCAAUUUGUUAAAUAAUUUUUUUAAAAUUUCUUGAAAAUAUAAAUAAUUAAUAAUGCAAACUUGCAAUUAAUUAUAUAAUUAAGCAAGCCAAUUGUUACUUUUAAUUGAUGAUGUAUUAAAAAAGUUAAUAUAAAAUAAAUAUUAAAUCAUUUUUAAUAAUUAAAAGAUACAUCAAAUUUUGUAUUUCAGAGUAAAAGUAGCAAUGAUAGU